CUCGCGUGUAACGAGUACUUUGACACUGGAAGAUCAGCAUUCGCAGAUGCAGCAGCCAGCAUCAUGGAUUCCCACGUCGGACUCGACUACAUCGUGGAUAAUCCUGAUUAUUGCGUCAAGCUCGCCUCAGCGUUGGAAACGGCGUGUCCGUCCGUGAAGAAGCAAGUCGUGGAGCUACUGUCGGCGUUAUGUGUCUAUAGCCAGGAUGGCAGACAGAGAGCUAUCGAUACUCUUCACAUAUACCAGGAACGGAAGGGCGAGCGUUAUCGAUUGCGAGUCGUGGUCGACGAGCUGCAGAAAGCGACGGCGGAGGAUUACCAGACGGCAUUGCUGGCGUUCAUAAAUUGUUUGGUCAUCUCGACGCCGGUGCUCAAGGAUCGCAUUCGUAUUCGCAACGAGUUUAUCGGCCUCAAGCUCUUGCCGAUUUUGAACGAGUUGCGGAAGAGCCACGCGCCGGAUGUAAGGGUGCAGCUGGACGCCUUCGAGGAUCAACGGGAGACGGACGAGGAGCUCACCAAUCACGGACCCCCCGGGAUUGAUCUUUCCUCUCAUGUGGAUGUGUUUUAUGCUAUCCUCGGUCAAGUUGCAGACACUCCGCAGGAGAUACCCUUUUUGAGCGUCCUGCAGCAUCUGUUGCGGCUGGACCCGAAAGACGCCGCCAGUGAUCUGGCGUGGGACACCGCCGAGACCCUGGUGCAUCGAGCCACGUUGCUGGAGAGUCGCGAGGAUGCCACCAAAUUGCUAAGAUCGCCCAGUCUUCAAACGAAUCUAUGCUGUCACUGCCGCGGCACCGAUCAAACGUGCGGAACGUCGCGGAAAGCAUCGCUGCCGGCCAGCAGCGGUUCGACGGGACCCUUAUCGCCGCCACCGCCGCCGCCACCCCCGAUUCCGACGACCUUCGGCCCAUCAUCGAGUACCAGCGGUUUCGUUCUACCUCCCCCGCCGCCUCCGCCACUCGUCGUCAACGUUGCUGACGCGCCGAUGGAGCCGCCGAUGCCACCCCCCCUUCGCGUGCUCCCCGUCGCGCGCGCGCUUACCCCCGAACCCCCUAGCAAUCAUGCCAAGUUGCUGCCGCAACAGGAGAUCCCUGUCCCCAAGACGAAGAUGAAGACGAUCAACUGGAACAAAAUACCCAAUCAUAAGGUGAUCGGCAAACGAAACAUUUGGUCUCUCGUGGCGAACGAGCAUCAGAAUUCGCCGAUGGCGGACUUGGAUUGGGCCGAGAUGGAGGGUCUCUUCUGUCAACAAGCACCGCCGUUGAUUCCACCGGCGACCUGCUCGUCCUCGUGCGGCGUCGGCGUCGACGUCGAACGACGUCGUCGAGAACCGACGGAGAUUGCGUUACUCGACGGGAAAAGGAGUUUGAACGUUAACAUCUUUCUCAAGCAAUUCCGAAGUUCGAAUGAGGAUAUAAUCCAGCUGAUCAGGGAGGGUGGCCACGACGACAUCGGCGCGGAAAAACUACGUGGACUUUUAAAGAUACUGCCAGAAGUGGACGAGCUCGAGAUGCUCAAAAGCUUCGACGGCGACAAGUCGAAGCUGGGUAAUGCCGAGAAGUUCUUCCUGCAGCUCAUUCAAGUGCCAAAUUAUAAGCUGCGUAUUGAGUGCAUGCUGCUGAAGGAAGAAUUCGCUGCGAAUAUGAGCUAUCUGGAACCAAGCAUCAACUCGAUGAUACUCGCUGGCGAGGACCUCAUGACAAAUAAACCACUGCAGGAGGUGCUGUACAUGGUUUUAGUCGCCGGAAACUUCCUCAACUCUGGCGGUUACGCUGGCAAUGCGGCAGGUGUAAAGCUUUCUUCUUUGCAAAAACUAACGGAAAUUCGUGCGAACAAGCCGGGGAUGAAUCUGAUACAUUACGUAGCAUUGCAAGCUGAGAGAAAACGAAAAGACUUGCUAAAUUUCACAAAAAACAUGACUGCUUUAGAAGCAGCGACAAAAACGACGAUCGAGCAACUUAAUAACGAAUUUAACACUUUGGAUACGAAGAUUAAAAAGAUCAAAGGUCAAAUUCAGCUCUCUUCGACCGAAAGCGAUAUACAGGAACAAAUGGCACAGUUUCUUCAGAUGGCUGAGCAAGAAAUGGCGCAGUUAAAGAGGGACAUGGAGGAACUCGAAGGAGUGAGACGAUCGCUCGCGGAAUUCUUUUGCGAAGACACGAGCGCGUUUAAGAUCGAGGAGUGUUUUAAGAUAUUCCAUCAGUUUUGCCAAAAGUUCAAUCAGGCGAUCGCGGAAAACGAGAGGCGGCGUAUUCAGGAGGAGCAGGUCCUAGCGCGUCGCAAGCAGCGCGAGGAACAGCUACUGGCGAGAAAACGAUUGCUGAGCAAUCAAGCGGAGACACCAGGCUCGGAAUCCGAGUCUAAUCUGAUGGACUAUGGAUUAUUCGACCUCCACACCGGUUUACCUCAAAGAAGUUACAGCCGUGGUGAGGCCAAGAUGAGAAGAUUGCAAAGUGGCGGCGUCACAUCGGACGAGGACGUUUCCAUCGUUGGGUCGCCCAAUAUCCGACGUCGUUUAGGAUCGUGCUCAGGCGGUCCCGAUCAACAAUCUACCAAAGAAGACACAUAUUCACCAGAUAUCACGCCUAAUGGCACGCUUCGUCGACGCAGGAGCAGGAUACCCUGCGAGGAUGAUGACGGGAAUCUAAUGGAUUUUUUGCGAACAUCCGGACAAGACAAUACGCGGGAGAGGAAAUCGUGGGGAAGUUUAGAUCGAUCGUGGGCGCGAAGAGCUCGCGGACAGUCGCGAAGAGGGGAUCUUUUGAACGCCGAUUUUUCGGGAGAUCGGGAACGACCGAGCUCGCCGUCUCCCCUCGCGGAGAGCAAGCCGUUCCUGCAGGAGGAGGAAGCGAAGCCGACCGGGAAAGCCUGGAGACAAAAGAUCGAGGCGUGGCUGUCGGAAAACGAAAAGGAGGAUCGCGCGGGCGAGCAGCUUCAGAGAAGAGCGAAGCAAUUGCACCAGGCAAACCGACGGUCCUUCGAAGACUCGGAAAACGAAGGCAAAAGCACGAACAUUUUGACGGAAGAUCGAUCCGUGCACGAAGGAGGAUUCUCUGAAGUUUACGAUUGGCGACCGUCCGUCGAGAAAACGGAUGUAAUGCGCACAAUGGAGGCCAUUGAAGAAGCUCAACCACUUUCGUCGCAGGAUAAAUCUCCUUGGCGAAAAUCAAGCUUAAACGUACCAAAUAGUAUGGAAGAGACUGAUCCGCGUUAUUCCCGUAGAUUUAGGUCGAGACACAAUACGGAAAACGCUCUCGUUCCGAGCACACUGCAGGCGAUCAGAGAAGAGGACAGGAAGAAGAACAAGCUCAACGACGCUCUGAACAUGGACACUCAGGAUGAGUUGACCAUCUAUCUUCGGCAACCUUACACCGGGUCGCAAGCAUCUGCAACCCGGCGAUUCUCGAAGCUCGGCAAAAGACCCGCAGAUGAAGAACGAAUCAGCGAUAAAAUCGAGAUUGAUUCGGACAAUAUCGAGACGCCACCAGCGACCAGACGACUGUUUAGUCCUCCGAAGGAAGUGAAACCCGUGGAGAAGGAGCCAUGCAAGAGAGAACGUUGCAGCAGCUCCCUCCAGAGUCGAGAUAUGAAGACUGCGAUCCUGAAACCCAUCAGCAUGGAUCUCGGUAACGGCAACUUUGACAGAUAUUCGGCAACACGACGUACUCGUAGAUACAAAAAGACCCAGGAUCCCGCGGGUGACAAGGACAUGUCGAGCCCCGAGUUGGUCUGCGACGAGAAGCCGGUGCAGCGACCCAACACCCUCGCCCUGGCCGACGAGGAUACCCGCGAGGACGAGGACGCCAUGUUGCGCCUUUGGCAGGACAAGCUGAAGCGACGCGACAUCGUUGCCUCAUCAUCAUCGCUCGACAUCGACGUCGCGCUGGCAGAGAUCGCACGUUCCGGCGAAGAUCUGCAACGUCUAUCGACCACGACGUCGGAAACGACAACGACGAUGAGUCAUAGAAAUUCAAGACUGCCGAUCAGUCAACCACCGCCGCCAGUGGUAGCGGUGACCAACACCGUGUUGAGCCCGGUAAUGCAAGAGUCACGACCACGUGAACCCGUCACGGUACUUGCUGAGCGAGCGGUGACAAGUCGCGAACGUCACCGGAGCAUGAUCGAUCCGAGUCAGGUGAAGGAAGCGGUUCGCUUGACUAGCAAUCCGCCUAGUCAGGUGAACCAAAAGCAGGAACCGUCGAACAGGAGCUUCCGAAGCGAGAAUUCGAUAGACGAGCGAGACGACGCGUCCAAAAUCAUGGAAGAGGAGAAGCGCACAGAAGAGCUGAGAAAUGUCGAGGAAAAUCUUGAGAAAAACGUCCGAUCCGCGGACGAUUCGGGGGAUCGCCCGCUGAUGACACGGCAGAACUCUAUGUUCCGCAGCAGAUUCAUCCCUGAUAUAAGUGUGACAUCGUCGCCGCCGGGCAAAGUCACUCGAGAUCAGGAACUGAAUGACGAAGGUUUCGAGGAGACGCAGAGCCUCGUUUCGGAGACCCUGAGCCAGGAGACGUCCUCGGGCAAUUACGAGACAGACACGCAUGACUCGACGCGAUGUUCACCAGCGGAGUUGAGCUACGGUGGUGAACAGCGCAGACGUAGCAUCACGGUAACGAUGGACGAUGACGAUGUGGACAGCCGUAGCAAGCGAAGAUCCUUGUCCGUCGACAAAUUAUCCAAGCCAGCAUCGGGUAAGGUUUUCGGCAAGAAGGAGGCUGCAAGAAAUGCGUCGGAAAAAUCGAGUUUCCUGCCACGGGCUGCGAGCAUGAAGCGCGAGUCCACGUUAAGGAAGACCGAGUCCCUGAAGAAGACUUCGAACGCCCAAUCAUUGUCGGGCAUUCCGGGAACUUCGUUGAAGAAUGAGGUGCAACGUUCUGGUUCCAGGAGUAGCUUGCGCAGUUCGCGAAGUUCCUUGAACAGCGCAACGUCCGUGAACACGGUACGUAAUCUGGCCGCGAAUCACGCGCAUCUGCGUAGCUACACCUCGGCCAUUCGCGCGCUCACCAACGACUUGAGGAAGAGUAGCCCGUCGAAUAGUCCACUGCCGCCAAAGAACAUCGUUGAUAAGAGACGGCCGAAUCCUCGUCAGGUCAGCGUCAGCAGGAUACCCGCCAGCAGGAGCAGCAGCAGCGGUAGCAGCGUCGGACCGACAGCGAGAAGCCUUCGAAAAACAUCGGAGGUAGCAGCUGACAUGCCAAAGGUCGCGAGGGGUCGACCCAUCACUUCGCGUAGCAGCAGCAGCGGUAGCAGCAUCGGUCAGCAAUCGAUCAUGGGAAAUCGAUCAGCGAUUGGCGACAAGACGUCCAGUACGAGAAGUAGAUUAAUUCAACCGCGAGCCGGGUCCAAGAGUCACAGCUUUAUGCGGCCUACAGCUGCUAGUGUCAACAAGGGUUCCAUACAGAACCUUCCGAAGAGUAUCAAGGCCAUGGUGAAGUGAUGUCUCUCUUCGAUGAGAAAACGAAUUGUAUCUGUAAGGUUGCCGAGAGAAUUUAGAAAGUCUAUUCAUUUAACAAUUACAAUUAGAAGAAUAACAAGCAGUAUAAAAUCGGUAAAUAUUGAUAGCUGAAAAGCUGAUGGAUGUUAUCGUAAAAUAUAGAGUUCGCAGGAUUUAGAUAAUGAAGAUUAUGAUUAUUAUUCUCGCUUAUGUAUUAUGUCUCACAGUGUUAAGCCAAAAUAAGUAAGAUUAUUUUAGUUUAUUACGCAACUACCACACCAAACAAUGCAAGUUUCUCGAUUCGAGAGAAAGAUAAUCAAAUCUAUCUCCAGCUUUACCAUGUUUUUAUGACCAAGGAAACUUGAAGGAAUGUCCCGAUUUUUAUGUUUGAAAAAUGCCAAAUUGCGGGAAUUUUCCUUUUAGUACCCUAGAAUAUAUUUAUAAAAUUAUAUGUAACAUAUUCGCGACUAAUAUAAUGCGUACGAUAUAUUGUAAUUCUCUCUUACGACGUUAACAUAAAGAUAAAUAUUAUAUUGUAGAAUAUAUAUCCGGCACAAUAAAUUAACAGACAUUUAUAAUGAUGAUAUAUAAUACAAUUCGAAAAAUUUGAUCGAAGAAAUACACACGGAACAUUAUUAAAUAUAAACUUA